AGUUUCAUUUACUCCGUAGCACACACAAAGUAAUACCUGUGUGUCAGGAGGACAGAACGCAGGCAGAUGUCCAGCAACUGUAUCCAAAGCUGACCGAUAACUUUGUCACUUGUGAUGUAAAGGAUAAAACCUGCUGCCUAAGAGGACUGUCUGUCGGGGACUCUCGCAGAGGUGGCUGUCAUGGAGUUUGGCUGCAGAUACAUUUAUGUAGAUCAGUCCAGGAGUAGUACUGAACUGUGCAGCCAUCCGAAAUCGGUAAGGGCCACUGAGGUCCAGACUGGUGCUGCUGAGAAUGACCUAGCUUUCUAUGACAAUGCCAGCUGUGUAGAGGGACCUAAGACAGAAGCCCAACUUAACGGUUCUAACGCAUACUAUGUACAGCGUCCAGAAGCCUCCCCUAGCUUGGACCAGAAUAUACCACCUCCCAUUCCAGACCGCAAGAAGAAGCCCUCACUAUGUUGCAGACCUGGAACUGUACUACCUCAGGAACUGAGACAUAGCAAAAUAUUUCCAGAACCCAAUGCACCUCCGGAUUUGCUCCAAGCAUGUGGCAGUAGCUUAGAGCAGCAGAAGAUGCCACCUCCCGUUCCAGACCGCAAGAAGAAACCUUCAGUGCUUCGACAGUCUGGUUCUGCUAUGUCUACCUCAGUUACAUAUGACUACGUCCGCUCUGAAGAUGUUUCUGCACCAAAUGUAAAACCUUUGAGUUCUGCUAUGUCUACCUCAGUUACAUAUGACUACGUCCGCUCUGAAGAUGUUUCUGCACCAAAUGUAAAACCUUUGAGUUCUGCUAUGUCUACCUCAGUUACAUAUGACUACGUCCUCUCUGAAGAUGUUUCUGCACCAAAUGUAAAACCUUUGAAAAUACUUCCAGAUGAUCACUUAUACGUGGAUUUCCCACCUCCAGAACUCUCCGGCUUAGAGCAGUCUGCUCCACAUUGUAAAGUGAAUCCUAUUGAAUGCCAGGCACCGGAUGUACCCAAGGACCACCCAGGUGUUACCUUGUUACCUAUUGACAAUGAUUACUUGGAAGUCCUACCAUCACAACCUUCAGACCUGAAAAUGUUGAGUGUUCCACCAAGACCACCAGACCGUCCAAUUACACCUUUAUUGGCCCCUUCUGCGGAUCGGUUGCCAGCCAACUGCAAUAUCCUGCUUCUGAACAUAGGAAAGAUGGUGGACAGCUAUGACCUUGAGACCCUAGGAUUGCCAUUACUGUGCAGCCGCUGCUCGGCCGCCUUCUCGGAGCUCAACCACGUCCAAGAGAACAAGACAUGGACUUGUGUCUUCUGUUCAACUGAAAACCCCAUAAUUGAGGGUGUUAGAUCUGAGAUCACUGGGGGAGGAGACCAGCUGUACAUCCGGGAUUCCCAGCCUGGAAACGAGUACGCCUCCACGGAUGAUACCAUGCUGGUAUUCUGCAUUGACAUAUCAGGGAGCAUGAGUGUGACCACCGAGGUGACGGGCGACCAGAGCCAUGAAUGUAAUACGGUCUAUAAAUCAAGAAUGGAGGCUAUGAAAUCUGGAUUACGUGAGACUCUAAAUUUCUUGUAUAGCCAGCACCCUAGGAAGAGAGUAGCACUUGUAACAUUCAGUGACCAGGUGAAGUUAUAUGGUGAUGGGACUACAGAGCCACAGAUACUGGAGGACUCACAGCUGUUAGACCCCGACUAUCUGAAAUCACAGGGUGAGAACCAACCAAUGCCGCACACACUAGAGGAGACUCUACAUGUCCUGGAAGCAAGGAUCGAAUGCCUGGAAGAAAGUGGAGUUACAGCAUUGGGGCCUGCAGCUUUGGCUUCUAUAGCAAUGGCUGCCAAGAGACCAGGAUCCAAGGUGAUUAUCUGCACAGACGGCAAAGCCAACACUGACCUGGGGAAUCUAGAGAACAUUGCAGAGGAGUACACCUACCAAUCCUCCAGGCUUUAUUACAGCAAUCUGGCCGACUUAGCUCUUCAGCAUAGUGUGAUGAUCUCUGUGGUGACCCUAGAGGGGACUGACUGCCGGUUGCCGGAGCUGGGACAGCUAGCGGAUAAAACAGGAGGCAAGGUGAAUAUUGUACAUCCCUUAAAGUUGGCCAGUGAGUUCCAGUCUAUCCUAGAGGAAGAAAUUAUUGCUACUGAUGUGAAACUGAAGGUGUAUCUGCCUCACUCCAUGCACUUCUUGUACGAGGGGCACACUGAGCCUGUUUUGGAAAGGAUGUUUGGGAGCACAACUCUUGACACCGUUCUAUCCACAGAAUUUGAUAUCCAUUCAGACAAGAUUAAAGAAGUUCUCCGGUACUCCCAGCUCCCGAUACAAGUGCAUUUAUCUUUCACACUUCCGGAUGGAAGAGGAAGAUACCGGAUAAUCAGCCAGAAGAGACCAGUGACUAAUGAUAGUACUGCUGCCCUCGAGUCCAUUAACCUGAUUGUUCUACAGAACCACAGUGUUCAGUUCAGUGCACGCCUGGCUAUGGAAGGACGUGUCAAUGAAGCCAGGAAAGUGGCUCUAGAGCUGAGAGAGCUGGUAGACCAAGUGAUGAGAAAUGAGAAGUACGAGGACCAAGGCGUUGUCUAUGAGGACUGGGAGUGCACUAUGGCUCCUGUCUAUGAGGAUUUGCAGGUGUAUGAGCAGCAAAAAACAUUGAAAGGGAAUGUAGAGGACAGCAUCACAGACGUGCCUGUUGUAAAAACAUUUUCAGAUGAAAUGGCGAAAAUGAUAUUUCACAUGAAGCGAGCCAAGAACAGAGUGCUGGAUAAGCUAAAACAUCAGGCUGAACAAUAAACAGGACAAAGCCAUUUCAAUAUUUAUAUUUCUAUGCGUCUCCAACCCUUCAUAAUAUGGUGGGUUCCUUGUUGCCCAGGGCCGGGCUUGUUGGAGGGGCCUGGGGAUGGGUUCGGUCAGAGUCAGCUGCUAAGGAGGUCAUUGUCCCCCUUUACAGUGGUGCCGAGUGGGACAAAUAUCCCCCUGAGCAGCUGCCAGCAUUUUCACAUUUUUUAGGGCUUGUGGCCAUGCCUCCCCACAUUUGACCAUGCCCCUGGCCCGUGGCCGCUUUUGGCAGCCCUGUGUAGCAGUAUAAGUGGUGUUUCAGAAACAGUAGAGGGAGUGUUGGUCACGAGAAGCCAGAUACCCUAUGGCUAGCCUUCCCUUGGGAAUAAUGUAAAUGUUUCUAUUGGAACAUCAGCAUUGUAGUGCUGUAUGCAACAGGUGGCCAAUGCCUCUAGAACUAACACUCAAUGAAGUUUGUGAACUCCCCCUACUCAGAUUCCAUUGUAUCACUACAUACCUUAAUAGGGUGUAAUACACCUCCUCACCAACACAUGAAGAAUCUGGUCAGGUGAAUAUUUAUGGCCUAAUACAACCUGAUUUAGCCAGAAGCCAUCUUUCUGAACAACAUGGUGGUACUCCUGCCAGUGUGGGUGUCACUACCCGUAAGAAAGUCAUUGUUGCUCCUGAUGUUACCUUUCUGUAAAGAGUGAUAUUCCCCUUUAUAACACAGAACUAAGCAAUAUGCUUCUCUCUUGCCAGUGUGUUACAUGGAUGGUACAGUAUGUAUUCAUUUUACUAGAUACAAGCCCGUCAAAAUGAAGGAACAACAUCACAGUAAUGUCAGGGCAGGUGAACGGAGCAGCAAUUGAAUUUCUCACUCGGGCCCAAAACACUUGAAUUCCCCACAUAGAGGUGAGGAGCAGCGUUAGCCUUGUAUUAUAUAGGAUAUACUGUAUGUAAAAGUCAUUUAAAGCACCACAAAAUCAUAAGCUAAAAUAAUGUAAAUGCAAUAAACUUUCUUAAGAAA